ACAAUCUCUGCAUUCCUCAACACGGAGGGUGGCAAUAUUUACAUUGGAAUUGGCGACAGUGCUGUUAUCUACGGGAUGCGCAUGACGGAGCCUAUGAAAGACCAUUUCAUCUUAUCAUUAAAUCACUGCAUUUCACAAUUUACGCCUCCAGUUCCGCCAGAGCUUGUUCAGGUGCAAUUUCUGGAAGUGGAGGAGCUUGGCGCUAGUAAAAUUGCGCAAACUGUUACACAGUCAUUGCCACCAAGUAAUCCAGACGCUGGAGACAUUGCCUAUGCUGAUGAUGACGAUAGUGAAGCUGAAUUCCAGAGAUUGUUAACCAAAGAAGGACCGCGACAGCACUUGAUUGGACAGAUCACGUGCCCUUGCGAGUACACCAGUCUUGAGGCUAAGCUUUACCUGAUAGUCAUUGAGCUAUUGCCACCAAGUAAUCCAGACGCUGGAGACAUUGCCUACGCUGAUGAUGACGAUAGUGAAGCUGAGUUCCAGAGAUUGUUAACCAAAGAAGGACCGCGACAGCACUUGAUUGGACAGAUCACCUGCCCUUGCGAGUACGCCAGUCUUGAGGCUAAGCUUUACCUGAUAGUCAUUGAGGUUCACAAAUCUACUGAUGGAACUAUCUACCAAAAUGAGGAGGGGCUAGCGUAUCGUCGGCGCCAUGGUUCGAACCAAAUGAUGACUAUAAACGAUAUUAACAUCUUCAUGCACACUGAUCGUAUCGUCGAGUAA